AUGCAUACAACCUUCGCGUUCCUGACCAAACUUCCCCACCUCUCCACAAAGGAGUUCAUCACGUACUAUGAGACGAAGCACAUCCCCAUGAUCAACCGUCUCGCCGGCCCGGACAACCAACCCUUGGUGUAUAAGAGACGGUACACCCACCGCGACGACCCCGCGUUUGUGUUCGUGCGGGCCAGCGUCGACGCAAAGGGGACACCGGUCCCCGCCGUGCCGUCCGACUCUCCGGGUGAUAGCACGGAGGGAUCGGCGGAUCCGGGCAGCAUUGACUUCGACGUGAUGACCGAGAUCGGAUUCGCCGACGAACCCGCCAAGAUGAGGUGGCUGACCGCCCUCAGACAGGGCGAGAACGGCAAGAUGGUUGUCGAGGACGAACAGAGGUUUCUUUGGAGGGAACGCACCCGGGCCGUGGUGGUGGAGGAGUUUGUGAGCUUUGGCUGA